AUGAAGACUUGCGAGUGCUGCCGUUGCGUAGCGUCGCGUCGUCGCUCCGCGCCCUUUAUACACACUUCCGCCCGGGAGCCACUUCCUUUCCUUUCGGUGGCGCGCGGCGGCAAGAUGGCGGUGCAGAUUUCCAAGAAAAGGAAGUUUGUGGCGGAUGGAAUUUUCAAAGCUGAGCUGAAUGAGUUUCUCACUCGGGAACUGGCUGAAGAUGGCUACUCUGGUGUUGAAGUCCGAGUUACACCAACCAGAACAGAAAUCAUUAUUUUAGCCACCAGAACACAGAAUGUUCUUGGUGAGAAGGGUCGUCGGAUCAGAGAGUUAACUGCUGUGGUUCAGAAGAGGUUCGGCUUCCCUGAGGGCAGUGUAGAGCUUUAUGCAGAAAAGGUGGCCACAAGAGGUCUGUGUGCCAUCGCUCAGGCAGAGUCUCUACGUUACAAACUCCUAGGAGGACUUGCUGUGCGAAGGGCCUGUUAUGGUGUGCUUCGAUUCAUUAUGGAAAGUGGGGCCAAGGGCUGCGAAGUCGUGGUGUCUGGGAAGCUACGAGGACAGAGAGCCAAGUCCAUGAAGUUUGUGGAUGGGCUGAUGAUCCACAGUGGAGACCCUGUUAACUACUAUGUUGACACUGCCGUUCGCCAUGUGCUCCUCAGGCAGGGUGUGCUGGGCAUCAAAGUGAAAAUCAUGCUGCCCUGGGACCCAAGUGGUAAGAUCGGCCCCAAGAAGCCUCUGCCUGAUCAUGUGAGCAUUGUGGAACCUAAAGAGGAAAUCUUGCCCACCACCCCCAUCUCUGAGCAGAAGGGUGGGAAGCCAGAACCACCUGCCAUGCCCCAGCCAGUGCCUACAGCAUAACAGGGUCUUGGCAGCUGUAUCUGGAGACUGGAUGUUGUCCUGUACAGACAUUUAAUAAAAUCUUGCACAAAGACAUAAGGCCUGACUGGAUGGUGACUGAGUUAUGUUGGCCUGAGGAGUGUUGCUUAUCCUGUUUAGUAUAAGCUGGAGGGCUUGAGCAGAGCUGACCAGAGAAGUCUUUGGGUCAGUGAAGGCUGGUGGUUACAGGGCUGACAUCACCUUGAGCCUGUGUUACACAGUUCAGGUUAGAAGAACAGUUUGGUUUUGCUGUUAUUGAUGGGACUCAGAUCCUUGCACAUAAGCGACAUGUGUCCCCAGCCUGGAGAGCUAUGUGAUAUUUUCCCCAGUGGACCAGCAAGAUACUUUCUAUGAAAGUCUGUGACACUGGUGUGCACUUACCUGCAUGUAGAAAGUAAAUUGGCCUGUUUAGCCAUGUACUGCUAUUAGUCUCACUCAGCAUUCCUAAAGUAACAAAAACUUCUUGAUGCCAUUGAACCUAAAGCUCAGAAAUAUUAAAUAUAAAGCUAUCAUUAUGGUCCACAUUUCUAAGUCUCAUACUUGAGCCAUGUUUCAGGAAAUACAGUAAAUUCAGAAAUUAUUGGUAGCUUAAUUGCUAUAAUGUCUUAAAAGCAUGUACUAUUGACAUAUGUUUUGGGAGAAUUAAAGUUAGCUUGGAAA